AUGCUGGUGCACAAUCUGAGGGGCCCAAGUCACGGACUUGUCUGGGUUGUGGCAAGACCUGCAGAGGAAGCUCUGGCAGCAUCCACAUGGAAGAAUGUGCUUUUCUUGGAUUUGGCCCUUGACAAACGGAUCGAGUACAUGAUCUAUUGGUCCGACCCAAACAGGCGUGAGGAAGGAUUCCGAAAGGCGGAUGCCAUUCUCCUGGAGCUCUUUGACGGGAUUAGUCUGGAAGAGGAGAUGAGGGUUGCCUUUACGGAUCACGACGAGUAUCGCUGGCGGACCUUUAAUGGUAACAAGCGCAACAAGAAAGAACGUAUUGCCUGGAAUAAGUACGAGUGGCGAUACUUCCUGCGAGUGUGCAAAGGGAUCGACCUUUGCUCUGGUCUCUCUAUGGCGAAGAUUGGUCAGCCAGGAAAUAUCGAUCGACUCUCCAGCGACGGACAGUACCGACUCGGAGCCUGUAUCUAUAUUCCUCAAGGUCUGAACUUUGCAAAGGAAUUGCUGGACGACUUCAAGACCUCAAAGCUGUUUCAGGGGACCGAUCUGGAGAACUGUCGAAAAGGCAUUAAGAUGCUCCGCGACUUGAUGAUCGAGACUGCGGAGAAAAUGAAGCUUCGUCUUCCCAAGCUACUGGAAGAACAUGCGGCACUUAUUGCAGGUGUCGAGGAUAGCGACCACAAAGAUGUUCAAGUAGUAGAAGAAGCUGUCAAGAACAUUUACGAUCAAUACGAAACCGGUCGCGACGACGCCUUGGAAUGUUACAACAGCCAGGGAAUGGUCAACAACAUUGACAACACGGUCGAAUAUGGGGAGGAUGCUCCCGAAUAUGGGGAGGAUGCUCCCGAAUCUGGUUACUUUACUUCUCCAGAGAUCGACCUAUGGGAGUCCGAGGAGGAGGCUGCGUCUUCUUUCUGGAUGUUCGAUAGCAUUGACGACGAUGACUCUUUCUUUGAACUGGACCAUGACUUGGCCACUCCGAUGCAGUCCUUUGGCGCUCUGAAAGAUGCUCGCCAGAGUGACGACAAAACGUUCCAGAAAUUCAUUGACGGCAGGUCGGCGGAGUUCCAUUCAAGUUCAUCUUUUCACGACCAUGAUAUAUCUGUCUCUUUGGAAAAGAGGGAUGAUGGCAUCCUCCGUCCCAAAAAUUUCCAUGCACGUUCUCUAGGAUCUACCGUCCAGAGCCACAUUCGAACUCCUACAUUCGAGUACAGCAAGUCAUCUAGGAGCAACACAACUUUGGUCGAACAUGUGCAGAAAAAGGCAAAAUCCCAAUUGGAUACGACCAAGGCUCCGCAGAAAAAAAUGGCUACAAAGUUGAAAACGGUCAAGAAAGUACAGUGGACAACCCACAAAUCUUCUGUCCUGUCGAAUAUCCCAUCUGUUUCCACGCCCUUGCAGCAACCUCUCAUUGGCGACUUCAUGUUCAAGGGAGGCAAGGAGAAUCGCCCUCCUAGACUGCUUUGA